UGUCCUCUCUUGCACUUGAUAACUCCCUCCCUAUCAAUCACCUCCUUCUGCCAUGUCUCCUCCACCAGGUGAUCUCCCCCCGUUCACCAGGUUCGGCCACGGAACCCACUGCAAGCGCUGUCUUGUGGGCCUGCCGGGUAGCCAGGUCGACAUCGACCCCUCCAAGCUAGCAUUGGCGUUCUACUGCAUAGGUUCACUUGACCUCUUGAACCAGCUCUUGGAUAAGACAAAGCAAGAUGACCGCGAAUCAUGGCGCGAGUGGAUCUGGGAGCAGCAAGUUUGUGGUCCAUACGGCGCAGGAUUCAAGCCUGGCCCAUACAUGAGCAGUAUAAAAGAGGACUCCACCGAGGGCAAUGUGCCUCAGUUAAUUGUCACCUACACUGCUCUCCUCACGCUCGCGAUCCUACGCGACGACUUCACGCGUUUAGAUCGUACAGGGAUUGCGCAACUCCUUGGGGUAUGUCAGCGUGAAGAUGGCAGCUUCUCGACAGAGCCGUACGGUGGCGACACAGAUCUGCGGACGGUGUAUUGUGCGUUUGCGAUCGCAAAUAUGCUGGAUAACUGGUCAACCAUCAACAUUGAUCAGUCCGUCGAGUUCAUGCGCUCAUGUCGAACGUAUGAAGGUGGCUAUGGCCAAUUUCCGUUUUGUGAAGCGCAAGGUGGAACCACCUACUGCGCGCUGUCGGCUCUUCAUCUCUCCGGGAGAGGCGAUCGAAUAUCACCGACGGAGCGCAAGCAGACAAUACGUUGGCUAGUCCAGAAGCAGGAUAUUUCGGGCGGAUUUGUCGGGCGGACGAACAAGGCUGCCGAUGCGUGCUAUUGCUUCUGGUGCGGCGCAUCACUAAAUAUACUGGGCGUCGGCACUCUCGUAGACGAAGAUGCACUUCGUUCGUUUAUUGGCUCGUGCCAGCACAAGUUUGGUGGGAUAGCCAAGGCACCAAAAGAGCAUCCUGACCCAUAUCACACGUACCUCUCUCUCGCUGCGCUUUCCACACAGGCCACCGCGGCGCGCGCAGGACCAGACGGCAACAUAGGGCACUCUGCAGCGAACGCACACGUCGACCCCAGUCGCUCGACGUCAUGGGAACUUCCUCCUCUCGACCCGUUAUUGAACGCGACAGUGGACACAGCCGCAUGGGCCCGGGAACACAUUCCGAAGUCUACGAACGCAUAGGAACUCUCGAACAAAAAAACCUCGACUGGAUGGACUCGGAUAUUACGGAGAGCGGACUUAUAUUAUCCACGCAUAUAGCCAGUACCAUAGCUUAUAACCUGUUGGACGAAACUUUGUGACUUUCGGCGCAUUGAUGACAUCAAGUCAUCCUCACUCUUGAAAUCUUGCAUGUUACGC